GUUCAUGCAUCUGUCAGACACUAAACUGAAAAGUCAUACUACUGUAUUUCUAACUAACACCCUCUUCUCCUUUGACAAUUCACACCAGUAUACACUCCUGUCUCUCUCUCACCGUUGUGAAGCACCAUUGAAUAGCUCAUUCACUUUACCCCUAACAGAGACUCCACACCAAUCCCAAUGCAACAGCUCAUUGCUUUAACCUCUUAAAAACCUCAACUUUUCUCUUUAGUCUGAAAGAUCACAAAAAUUCAGCAAACAUGGGUGCUAAUUAUUUUCUCUUAACUUUCUUUCCUCUGGUUUUUGCAUUUUCUUGCAUCAAACCUGUUUUUGGAAAUGCUGAGGUUAGAGCAUUAAUGGAGAUAAAGUCUUCUUUGGAUCCAGAAAACAAGAAACUUUCUUCAUGGACAAGUGAUGGUGAUCCAUGUAGUAGUUCUUUUUUUGGUGUGAUUUGUAAUGAACAUCAUAAAGUAGCAAAUAUUACAUUGCCAAACAGCGGACUUACUGGAAAGUUGUCACCAGCAAUUGCAGAGCUGAAGUGUCUAUCAGGGCUUUACUUGCAUUAUAAUUCUUUAACAGGGGAGAUACCAAAGGAACUUGGGAGUUUGACUGAGUUGAAUGAUUUGUAUCUCAAUGAAAACAAUCUUACUGGGAUUAUACCACCUGAACUUGGAAACAUGGCAAGUUUACAAGUGCUAGCCUUGAGUAGUAACGGGUUGACAGGGAAAAUACCAACAGAGAUUGGAUUCUUGAAGAAGUUGAGUGUUCUUGAAUUGCAACAUAACAGGUUGACCGGUGAAAUUCCAGAAAACUUAGGAAUCCUGGGGACGCUGAAAAAGCUAUAUUUGGGAUUCAAUCAGCUAUCUGGUCCAAUUCCAUCAAAAUUAGCUAAUGCUCCCCAGUUGGAAAAUCUAGAAGUACAAAAUAACACCCUCUCUGGAGUUGUUCCUCCAGUUCUGAGGAGAUUGAAUGGAAAAUUCAAUUAUGAAAGCAAUCCUGGUUUAUGUGGUACUGGAUUUACUUCAUUGAGAGUUUGCACUGCCUGGGAUAAUGUCAAUGUGGAUCCAGUUGGUUCUGAUGUACCUGAUUCCAAUAAUAACAGCGUCCCUAAAGAUGUCCCAGGAGCUGCUAAUAUUAGUCAGUUGCAUUGUAAUCAAACUCAUUGUUCAAGAUUAUCAAAAUUUCCUCAAGCACUUAUUGUUGCUUCAGUGAUUACAGUCACUGUAACUUUGGUAGUUGCUGUAGUUUUCGGUAUAUUCAGACGAAGAAGGCUUAAACAAAAAGUGGGGAAUACAUCUGAUGCUUCUGAUGAUAGGCUUAGCACUGAUCAGACAAAGGAAAUGUACAAGAGAAGCCCCUCUCCGUUACUUACUGUUGAGUACUCAAGUCGAUGGGACCCUAUGACCCCUGAAAAGAGCUGCAAUAGCAUGUACAAUGAGUUCUUAAAUGGAUUCAAGUUCAAUUUGGAAGAGGUUGAAUCAGCAACUCAGCAUUUUACAGAGUUAAAUCUAUUGGGACGGAGCAAUUUCUCUGCUGUGUACAAAGGAACUUUAAAAGAUGGAUCUAUGGUAGCUGUAAAAAGCAUCAGUGUGACGAGUUGUAAGUCAGAGGAGACUGAGUUCCUGGAAGGAUUAAGCUUAUUAUCUUCCUUGAAACAUGAAAACCUUAUCAAGCUAAGAGGUUUCUGUUGUUCAAAGGGAAGGGGUGAAUGCUUUUUAAUCUAUGAUUUUGCUUCUAAAGGGAAUCUCUCUCAGUAUCUUGAUGUUGAAGAAAAUAGCAGGCAUGUUCUUGACUGGUCCACAAGGGUUUCAAUCAUCAAGGGAAUUGCAAAAGGACUAGGAUAUCUGCACAGCUCAGAACCAGACAAACCUUCCAUGGUUCAUCGCAACAUAUCAGUGGAAAAAGUCCUCCUUGAUCAACAGUUCACUCCACUAAUACUGGACUGUGGUCUACUAAAGCUACUUGCUGAUGAUGUUGUUUAUUCGGCACUUAAAGUCAGUGCUGCACUUGGAUAUAUGGCUCCUGAAUACAUUACAACUGGACGAUUCACAGAGAAGAGUGAUGUAUAUGCAUUUGGAGUAAUUAUACUUCAAGUACUCUCUGGUAAAGGACUUCUUGACUGUUCAAUGAGGCUUGCAGCUGAAUCUUGCAACUUUGAGAAUUUUAUUGACCCAAAUCUCAAGGGAACAUUCUCUGUAAGUGAGGCAACUAUGCUAACUAAACUUGCAGUAAAUUGCACCCUUGAGGAUCCAGAUAACAGGCCAAGUAUGGUUUCGGUGAAUGAAGAAUUGAACGGGUCUAGUUGUGGUUGAAAAGGGAAAAGACGAGUCUUCUUCCGACGUUGAAAAUUGUUGUUGAUUAUUAACCAUAGGGAACAAGUGCCAUAGCGAUAGAGCAGCAGUUUUUCUAUCUACUGUAUUAUGCAACAUCACUUGAUCUUUUGUAAAUAAAGAGACAGAUUGAACAGAUUCUUUGUAAGGUUUGAAGGUGAAAUUGAGUUGCCCCUUGGCAUCUUUGAUUGUAGCUCAGAAGAGAGAAAAAGGAUGCUAACGAAUUUUUACCGUUAUUUGAAAAUUUUACAGUAUUUUGAUGUCUUUUCAGGGACAAUAUCCUAAUUAAUGCAUUCUCUUUACUUGUCAAAGUUCUU